CAGCCAGGACGUACGGAUAUCCAUUGCCGGCGGGCAUGGACAUUGCGUGCACAGUGUAGCCAGGACAGGAUAUAUGGUUGAGCAGCGAGCUAGAAACAAUGCAGGAAGAAAGAUAUAUGCACAGGCCGGGAAGGAUGAGAUUAAAUCCCAUCCUGACGGCUUUGUCCGGGGCAGCUGUCGGGUUCUUCAUCGGCGUUUCUUUCCCUGUUCAACUAGGACCCUCACAGCUUCCAUGUUACUACGUGUUCCCUUGGAGGGGUGGCGAAGGCGGUGGUGAGGCCACCGCCGGCACCUCCACCACCACCAACAUACUAGGCAGACUCUGGGUGCCAUUCGUCGUCAGUAACAGCAGCAACAAUACAGGUGCAGCAGCAGCCGUCCUGCAGCAGCCAAAUGCCACUGCUACUACUGCUACUUGUUCACCUGCAGCAGCAAAUAAGAGAAAUAAGCCGCCGCCAACGGGCGCGGAGAGGCUCCCACCCAAGAUCGUGGUUUCAGAGUCUGAUCUUCACAUGCGCCGGCUCUGGGGAGACCCGCGGCAGGACACGCCGGUGCGCAAGUACCUCCUCACCAUGACAGUCGGCUUCACUGAGAAAGCCAAUGUCAACGCCACCGUUCACAAGUUCUCCGAUGAUUUCGACGUGAUGCUGUUCCACUACGACGGCCGCACGACGGAGUGGGACGACGAGUUCCCGUGGUCCAAGGACGCCAUCCACGUGAGCGCCCGGAAGCAGGCCAAGUGGUGGUACGCCAAGCGCUUCCUGCACCCCAGCGUGGUGGCGCCGUACGAGUACGUCUUCCUGUGGGACGAGGACCUCGCCACCGACUUCUUCGACGCCGACGAGUACGUGCGCCUCGUCCGGAAGCACGGCCUGCGCAUCUCGCAGCCGGGGCUGGACGUCACCCGGGGGAAGAAGACGUACGACGUCACCACCCGGAGGAACGACGGCAGCGAGGUCCACCGCAGCACCGUGGGGGGCCCCGGCAACUGCUCCGACGUGCACACGCGCCCGUGCAGCGGCUUCGUGGAGGUGAUGGCGCCCGUCUUCUCCCGUGAGGCGUGGGCCUGCGCGUGGCACAUGAUCCAGAACGACCUCAUCCACGGGUGGGGGCUGGACCUCAACUUCUGGAGGUGCGUCGACGACCCCGAGGAGCAGAUGGGCGUGGUGGACGCGCAGUACGUGGCGCACCGCGCCGUGCCCACGCUGGGGAGGCAGGGGAACCCGGAGACGGGAGGCGGCGGAAAGGUCAGAGCACGGGCGUGGCGCGAGUUCGCAGACUUCAACGCCAGAAUACGCAAUGCCGACAGGGCCGCCGCCGCCCAACAGCAGGAAGCUGCUGCUGCAGCAGCGGCGGGCUCGGCGGCGCCUCUUGCGACGCGCCCUCCGCAGCCGCCCCGAUCAAAAUAACCAGGGCUUGCGUCGUCCAUCAUCAACUACUACGGAGUAGUGGUCAACUGAAGUAUAAUUCACUACUGCAUCAUCUUUUCUCUCUUUCUUUUCGCGAAGAAUUGAAGAAUUCAAUCAGGGCUCAUUUUAUUUUUAUUUAGUCUAUAUUAUUCAUUCCAACUGCAGUACUAGUAUUUUCCCAGCAAAAAAAAAUGUAGUCAUUUCAACUGACAACUGAGGCUACAGGCUACAGCCAACAACAAGUAGACAAAAUAAAUUUAUAGAAUAUACUACUAAACUACCAUGAUCGGUUUAUGCAACUCUGAAUUAAUAAGACUGGGCCGAGUUCCG